AUGGCAACUACCAAAAAACAAAGAUUCCAGACGUUGUUCAGAGAUGAUGCAUCAGAUGAUAACAAUAAAAUCGAACUCUUCUCCCCCCUCGAGUCUCAGCAACAGACCGAGAUCACAGCAUUCAACACUAUCUCUCAAUCCAAUGUCGUUCCUCUGAGAAAGCUGAAACAAUGGCCUCGAGCUGUCAUAUGCCCUGCCUGUCGAGAACUCUCUCUGACCCGAGUUGAGCGCAAAAUCUGUGGCGGUACACAUGCCAUGGCUGCAUUGAUGUUUGCAUGCACUAUCGUUGGGGGCCCUCUUUCGUAUAUCGGGAAUCAGUGGAAAAAUACUGAGCAUUACUGUUGCAGAUGUAACCGCAGACUGGUGACCUGGCACUUCAGCUCUGGGACUGAGAUUCAUGUUUGGUGA